UCGUUUAUUAGUAGUCGGAUGUUGUGUUGUGGGGAACAGGGAGGCAGGAGCGGGAUAGACGCGACGCGAUGGCAUCGUCCAGCAUUUCUUCCAGAGUUUGUCCAGCUGUAAAUUAGCUGUAACUGAACAAGAAGGUGGGAGCGCCGCACAGUGUUUCCAUGGCCGUCGGCUGAUGGGCGAAGCGAUGCGGCACCACUGGCUGCUCCUCGGGGCUUGCGGCUGGGUGCUGCUCAUCCUGAUGUUUGUCAGCAAGUUCAUCAGCUUCAGAGCUGUGGAUGAUUAUGGCGAGAGGGCUGGUGGUCAGAGUUGGACAGUGCCAGGAACGAAGGUGGUUAAACCCAUUUCGGUUUCCAACCCAGAAAAACCAGCUCCAAAGCCAUCUGAUCAGCCCUCGGCCAUACCAACAAUAUCGGACUGGCAGUCUGUUUCUGAGAGGCGAAUCGACUUGCUCUCUACUGUAUGCAAGAACAGCAGCCUCAGGAAUUUGACCCACGUAUCCAUCAGCAAGUUUGUCCUGGACCGCAUAUUUGUCUGCGACAAACACAAGAUCUUGUUCUGCCAGACACCGAAAGUGGGAAAUACCCAGUGGAAGAAGGUCCUAAUUGUGCUCAAUGGAGCGUUCCCCACAGUGGAGGAGAUCCCAGAAAACCUUGUUCACGAUCACGAGAAGAACGGCCUGCCCCGUCUCUCUUCACUCACGCCGCAGGAAAUUACUCACAGAUUGAGCACUUACUUCAAGUUCUUCAUCGUGAGAGAUCCCUUUGAGCGCCUGAUUUCCGCAUUCAAGGACAAGUUUGUGAAGAACCCUCGCUUUGAGCCUUGGUACAAGCAUGACAUCGCUCCAGCCAUCAUCCGUAAGUAUCGCAAGAGCCAUCGUGACAGCGACCAUUCGGCCUCGGGCCUGCACUUUGAGGACUUUGUCCGGUACUUGGGCGACGUGGAGGGGCGCCGCCGCAUGGACCGGCAGUUCGGCGAGCACAUCAUUCACUGGGUGACGUAUGCGGACUUGUGCGCACCAUGCGAGAUACACUACAGCGCAGUGGGCCACCACGAGACACUGGAGCAAGACGCCCCGUACAUCCUCAAAGCAGCGGGCAUCGAUCAGCUGGUGUCGUACCCCGCCAUCCCUCCAGGCAUCACCCGCUACAACAGGACCAAGGUGGAGCACUACUUCUCAGGCAUCAGCAAGCGGGACGUCAGGCGUCUCUACGCACGUUACCAGGGCGAUUUCCAGCUGUUUGGUUACCCGAGCCCAGACUUUCUACUGAACUAAAAUGAUUAACACUGACUAAAAACUGACCUGUUUUUCAUAUAAAAUCCUCUCAACAUCUUUGACUUACUGAGACGGAGGUGUAUCGUAGCUGACUGACAUGCCUAAAAGGCUGGUUUGCAGUAGAUUGCUCACUGUUACGUAUUUGCACUGACUGAAAAGCGCUGCCUAUUAACACUAUUUAUGAAAGAGAAGCUGUAAGCGUGCUGUUAGCAAACCUAUAGGGUCACCAUACGCUGAAGGGAGACAGAAAGUGUUGCUGCAAAAGGUGCCAUGUCAGUGCCGGCCACACAGUCGCAUUAUGAGAUUCAGCAGAGUUUACUGGUUUGUGUGGGGGGGAAAAGGUCAAUAUAAAGAUCAAAUACAGGUACAGUUCAAAUUGAGACACGUGUCAUCUUUAUAUUUAAUGUUUAUGACUUAAUUAUCCUCAUGUCUGGGGUAUACUCUGUAAUGCCAGGGAUACAGGCCCGUUAACCUGUAAUGUAGCUAUUAUACUACACUGUAUGGAUAAUCAGUUUAAUGAUUCAUCACGUCGAGGAAAGCUGUGGACAGAGCUACAUGUUUUGACAUGUCAUUGUGUCUUUCCUGUACUCCUUCCUGUCAUACUAGAUGUUGGCGAGGACCAUCUGUAUCAGGAAUGCUCCCAUUUUUGUACAAGGAGAGUAAAGUUGAGGAAGAAUAAGAAUAUAACAGGAACUGAUUGAAAAAUGACAGUUUUCAUUUAAGUUUUUUAGAGCUACAAAUCUGUUAGCUUUUUACAGUUUUUGCCAUUUUGGCUUCAUGCAAGGCGUAUUGAUAUCUCACAAGACAGUAAUUUACUUUUCAAAUGUCAUGGAUUGGCAUCAAAAAUGAAAACAAACAACAACUUUGGUGAUGCCCUGAUCCAUAUCGUAGCCAUUGUUCUGAUUUGUUCUGUACUUAAACUGACAAAAAGUGCUUGUGAAUGCAUUUAUUUAGCUGAUAACUGCGCUGGGACAAUGAAGGAAACUGGCACUGUAUUUUAAAGGGUCAUUUUUCUAUCAGAAAUGUACUGUGUAAAUGUUCUUAACAUGACUUGCGACUCAACAUUUGUAUUACAUGUUGCUAUUUAUAAUAUUAACCUGCUGACGGGUGGUGCAAACGGUGUCUCAGUUGUAAGACGGUACUGCCUCCAUGCACCCACCUGGUGACCUUUUGGAUGGGUGGUCAUAAUACAAGAGCUAGUUAGUAAUAAAGUUCCAUGUGAAAAAAAAA